AUGCUCUCUUCUCGAGGCAGUAAUAAUGCGCAACUGCACAAAAUUCCGUGGCGCUAUGCUCUACCGCACCAGUACGACAAGGAGACCAAUCCGGCGGGGAUGAUCUCAUUUGCAUUGGCAGAGCAUGUUGAGUUCAACGUAGCAUCAGUUGCCUAUGGCUCUGGUAACAAUGCCCUCCCUCGUCUACAGAGAGCAGUUGCAACGCAUCUGGACAACCUACUCGACCCCAUUACCCCGAUUGACCCGGAAGCCGUCGUUGUUGCCAGCGGCGCAACUGCAAUAGGGAGCAUGCUCGGAUUCACCUUAGCUGAGCCAGGUGAUGGCAUAUUAAUUAGUAGACCAGCCUAUGGGCGAUUCGAGCUUGAUUAUGGUGUCGAAGCCGGUGUGCAGAUGGUAUAUGCAGAUACCACUACGGAGGAUGCAUUCACUUCUUCUGUUGUCGAAAAAUAUGAACUGGCUCUGAGGGAUGCUCAGGCGAAAGGUGUCCGGAUUCGAGCACUGCUAUUGGUGAAUCCGCAUAAUCCAGUUGGCCGUUGCUAUCCAGUUGAAACCCUGACUGAGAUUCUCAAGUUCUGCAAUAAACACCAACUUCAUCUCAUCAGCGACGAGGUUUAUGCUUCAUGCGUUUUUGAUUCAGGAGACCCAGAUGCUGUUCCAUUCACUUCUAUAUUAUCUCUUAGUACCCCAGAGCUGAUCAAUCCUGACCUGGUGCACUUGUUGUACGGAUUCAGCAAGGACUUCGCGUCCGGCGGCCUCCAUCUCGGCUUCCUUGUUACGCAGAACAAACCCCUACGGCAGUCCUGCAACGCAAUCCUACGACUCCACAGCGCCUCCACAGCAGCCGUAACAAUCGGAACCACCAUUCUCGAAGAGCAAGACUUCCUUCGCAACUUCACUGUCAAGAGCCAACAAAGUCUUGCUUCAACAUACCGAAUUGCAACGUCAACUCUUGAUCGAGAGGGUAUCAACUAUAUCAGAGGAGGAAACGCUGGCUUCUUUAUAUAUAUAGACUUAUCACCCUAUCUCCCCAAAGAUAGCAGUGACAGCACAUAUCCACCUGAAUUUACCCUCGCUCAGAAAUUCGUCGAUGCAGGUGUAUUCCUGCAUCCGUGUGAAGAGCAUGGCAAGGUGCCGGGGUGGUUUAGGCUAAUCUUUGCGCAAGAGGAGGAUGUAUUGAGGGAGGGGUUGCGUAGGAUGAUUGGGGUGCUAAAGCAUUUGGUGUGA